CAGCUAACUCAGCCUGAAAACUCUCCACACCUAAUCACUGCCCCAAAUCUCUCCCUCUCUCUCUCUCUCUCUCUCUCUCUCUCUCGUCUCUGCCUCUGUCUCUCUCUGAUGGAGCAAAACUCAAAUCCAGAGCUCCGGUGGGAAGGCAAGGUGUAUGCCAAGCUCUCUGGCCCAACAGCAGAUCAGGCCUGGUCGCUCCUCAAGGAAUUCUGCUCUCUCCACAAAUGGGUCCCAUCGAUCGACACUUGUUACAAGCUGGAAGGCAACGAGGGGGAACCCGGCUGUAUGAGGUACUGCGCCGGAUCCGUGAACCGGUCGGCGCCGGCCCAAGAGGUGGGUUGGUCCAAGGAGCGACUGGUCGCCUUCGACCCGGCCGGCCGCUCCUACACCUACGAGAUCGUGGAGAGCAACAAGGGGUUCGGCCGGUACACCGCCACGAUCCGGGUGGUCCCGGAUCCGGAGGGCGUUGCAGAGGGCUGCUGCAUCGAGUGGUGCUUCGCGGCGGACCCGGUGAGAGGGUGGACUCGCGCAGGAUUCGUGGCGUUUCUGGCGAAGCUGGCGCAAGGCGUUGCAGCGAGGGUGGAAGAAGAAACUAUUCGGUUGGGCGAAUGAUGCAUUUUUUCUUAAAAACUAUUGUUUACAUGAUGAUUAGGGUUUUAUGUUAAUUAAUAAUCAAUUAAUUAUAGAUUUUUCUAUUUUCUUUUUCGUUGCUUUGUUACUCUCCUUUGUUCCGGGCCUUGGGCCGGCUUAGGCUGUCGCUGAGCCUAAUUUUGGUCCGUAGUUUCUGUAAUGAAGAAUAUAUUUGGUUGAUGUAAGAGUACGUCGAUGAUGAGCUCGAAAGUGAAAAAUUCUAGGGUGAAA